GUUGCCAGCCGCUGUUGAAAAUCAGGACGAAGAAGAAAAGACAGAGAAGACUAAGGUGGGACCACUUCUUUCUGUAAGCGAAUUUCUACGGAAGAUAUUUAUUGCGGACGAGUGUUCGUACAAACUGUCCCGGGUAUCAACAGCCUGGUGGUUAACGUUAGCUGAAAGGAUUAACAAAUUCCCGAACAGGAUGGAUGGUGAAGAAAGAACCUACGGUGGCUGUGAAGGUCCAGAUGCCAUGUACGUAAAGUUGAUCUCUUCAGAUGGCCAUGAAUUCAUUGUGAAAAGGGAGCAUGCCUUGACAUCUGGGACUAUUAAAGCCAUGUUAAGUGGGCCAGGGCAGUUUGCUGAGAAUGAAACAAAUGAAGUGAACUUCAGGGAGAUUCCAUCUCAUGUCCUGUCCAAGGUCUGCAUGUAUUUCACCUACAAGGUCCGUUAUACCAACAGCUCCACAGAAAUACCUGAAUUUCCCAUUGCUCCGGAGAUCGCGCUGGAAUUACUCAUGGCUGCAAACUUUUUGGAUUGCUAAAUUUACAAAGUAAAUGUAAAAGCUUGAAACAUUUUUAUUUUUUUUUUUGUUUAAUAUUUAACUUGUUUUGCUAUUUUCUUCAUGCGAAACAUGAAUAAGUAUGUCACCACAAGAAGUUUUAUUUUUUUGCACCUCUUUUUCUGUCUAUUACAAUUAAAGCAUAACAUUUUAAUAUAUGUAAUGGAUAUGGCAGGGGGCC